GUGUUGUAGGCAUCUUCUUGCCCACUUCUUUUUCAUGACGCUGCAACCUUUUGCUUGUACCUAAGCUACACAACCCAGGGAAUGCAAGCUGCUUGGUCCACUCACUGCCAAACUACUUGGAAGGCAGAAAUCAAAAUGACUGCAACAACAGUAGGUAUAUAUAUAAUAUAAAAAGUUAAAUAAACCUUAAUACACAGUGUUAGUAGUAGUAUAAAAUAAUAUUGUAAAACAUCAGUCUUUAUUUCAGGAUUUUCUCAAUCUUCUUUUGACUCCUUCAAUAUCACCAUCUACUUUGACUUUCAUUAGUUUGAAAAUUUUCUCAAAAGGGGUCUUUAGCUCAUACAAAAGUGGCAUUUUGUAAUUUUCUGGAGAUGUUUCAUGGCGGAGUAUAGUGUUUUCUUCUUUCACCAGUAGAGCAAGAUUUACAAAAACUUUAUCAAUUUCUUCAAAAAAUUGGCGUAAUUUGUCAGCUAUGCUGGUGAGCUUAUCUAACUUUUUUUUCAGCUCAGUAUGUGCACUCUCCUUUUUGGAAUAUUCUGAUGAUGCAAUAACACCAACACCAGCUCCUGCACCAGCACCACAGACUGCCCCUACAACAAGCAGCCCUACACCACCUGUUAGUACACCCCCUACUAUGCCGCCAAGUCCAACCCCAAGUACAGUCAACACUGUUCUCGUUCCCAGUUUCUCUUUGUGUGAAGCACUUGCAGUAUCUUCUGCACUCUCAAGCAUUUUUUCUAUUUUCUCUAGGAAGUCAUUGAACAACUCCUUCACUUUUUUGCAUUGUUUUUCUACUUGUUUUAUCCACAAAUCCAGUUCAUGUAUAAAUGCAAUUGUCCUUGGAAAUCUGGAUUCAUCUUUCUUGUCAAAUUUUGCAUAUUGCUCUUCUUCACAAUUGAGCUCCAUUAAAAUUGCAUCUGUUCGCUCUUUCUUACAAGAAGGUCGAUUAUCAACUGCCCCCUUAUAUAUGUUUACUGCAAGAAUAAGUUCGUGCAUUUUUCGAAGAAAUUGAUGAUACCGGGCUCGUGCUCUGACGUCGUCCGACUUAAGAUUAAUCAAACUCUCAUUGAACAAUUGUUUUAGGAACGAUAUUAGUCCUCCAGGAUGCUGUACUAAAUGUUGUAAGGAAGACACCAACAUCAACCGUCGGCUCUCCGACGAAAGAAGUUCAGCAAUAGAUGCCAUUAUUUUUUCGCAAACGCGGUGUGGUGUGGG